CAGGAGGACACCAACAUGAACAAGUUGAAGUCAUUGCAGAAGGAUAAAGCUCAUCAGUUUAUGAUCUUCACACAAUCUAGUGAGACAACUGCAGUAAGUUGUCUUUCUCAAAAUGACUGGAAGUUAGAUGUUACAACAAAUAAUUUUUUUCAAAAUCCAGAACUUUAUGUACGUGAGAGUAUAAAAGGAUCAUUGGACAGGAGGAAGUUAGAGCAACUGUAUACUAGGUACAAAAACCCUCAAGAUGAAAAUAAAAUUGGAAUAAAUAGUAUACAGCAGUUCUGUGAUGAUCUGGCCCUCAAUCCAGCCAGCAUCAGAGUGUUGAUCAUUGCAUGGAAGUUCAGAGCAGCCACACAGUGUGAGUUCUCCAAACAGGAGUUCAUGGAUGGCAUGACAGAGUUAGGACGUGACAGCAUGGAAAAACUAAAGCCCCAAAUACCCAAGAUGGAACAAGAAUUGAAAGAACCAGGACAAUUUAAGGAUUUUUACCAGUUUACUUUUAAUUUUGCAAAGAAUCCAGGACAAAAAGGAUUAGAUCUAGAAAUAGCCACUGCUUACUGGAACUUAGUGCUUAAUGGAAGAUUUAAAUUCUUAGACUUAUGGAAUAAAUUUUCGUUGGAGCAUCAUAAACGAUCAAUACCAAAAGACACAUGGAAUCUUCUGUUAGACUUCAGUUCAAUGAUUGCAGAUGACAUGUGCAAUUAUGAUGAAGAAGGAGCAUGGCCUGUUCUUAUUGAUGACUUUGUGGAAUUUGCACAACCUCAAAUUGCUGGGACAAAAAGUACAACAGUGUAGCACUAAAGGAACCUUCUAGAAUGUACAUAGACUGUACAAUAAAUACAAUGGAAAAAUGCACAAUCAAUUUCUGCUGGCUGGACUGAACUGAAGAUCAGUCCUCAAAGUUAAAACUGAGGGUUGAGACAAAACUUAAGGAUACAUCUUGAACCGUAUCAUACUCCAUUCUUCUACUGGUGAUUUGGGCUUAUAUUCUAGUCUGGGCUACUCUAAGAAUUUAUGAUUCCAACAUUGUGGAUUUCAUCUUACACCUGUGGACCAUCUUAGUCUGUCUUCCCAUAAGUCAUAGAAGCUUGAUGGUGAUUAUUUUGAAGUUUCCAUUCUUGCAUAAAGCACAAUACUGUCUUCAUCAGAAAAUAGUUUGUUAUAAGAAUUAAACAUAAUAAUGAACACCACACACACA